GUUUGGUCUUAUGGAUAUGUCCAUUGCCCGGUCCGCUUCCGUGAGAAUACGAGGCUCACACUUUACAAGUUUCCUGUGCGCUGUCCAGUAUCCUCACCUUUGUCUUAGCCACCCGUAGUCUCAUCCCGUUGAUCGAAUUUGAGCUUUCCGAAACCCACAAAUGUCUUCGAUAUCGUUCCCGCACUCAGGCGACGAAAUGGGCUCAUCUUCUAGCUCGCUGCACGACUCGAUGCAGGCGCCAUUCUACACGCCUACUCCGUUCGACAUGUCAAGUUCCUUUCAAAUGAAUCCUCUUUCUGCGCACCCGCCUCGUACGCCGCGCCCGAGUACUACGCAGUCGCACUUUAGGAAUAUGAGCAUGAGUAUUAGCGUGUACGACGAAAAGGCGGAGGAAGAACAGGACAGAGAGACGGUUAAAGCAGAUAAGGCAGAGGUAGAUGAAGACGAGAUCGUGGAGCUGGACGAGGAAGAUGUACAUGUUAAAGAGGCUGAAAAGUUAGUCGGGGCUCACGAGGUAUGGCGAGAUAUGUUUGUUACAAGUAACGGACGAGACAAAGCAUUUAAAUUAAUGCAAUACUCGAUACGUGUGUAUCUGCUCUUCCACAGCAAGAUAUUAUUUCGUAACGGGAAGUCGGCUUGGCAGCGGGAAAUUGUACGAAGGCUUGCGAAUGCAAAAUGGGGGCUUUCUUUUACGAGAAAAAUGCUUAUCAUGUUCAACUGGUUAGCCCCCCUGAGUCAAAUACUAGCGCAACAAUCCGUGCCCUUCUCGUCUUCCGGAUCAUCCCUUGUGCCUCACAGCUUCACAGCUACCUCCGCGCCAUCCUCCAAAUCUUUGCAAUCAUCGGGGGGUCCCUUCUUUUCGCACCCGGUCCUCCGAGCUUUACUGUCGGCUCCGCCCCCUGUUCUCCUAGAGCUUGUAAAUGGUUUGUCGGAUGAUAUACAUUCGCUUUCCCGGCUCGGCAUAAUAGGAUCUAAGCUGGGAGAGCGCGCGGCCCGGUUUGCUGAUUGGUGUUGGCUCUUUUCUACACUGGUCGGUCUGGUAGAGAAUGGUGUGGAAUUGGGGGUUAUUGAGGGCCUUCGACGAGAAGUUCAAUCAAGGGCAUACAAAGAGUCGCUGUCGGGAGCUACCUCCAAGUCACAACCAAAAGCGUCAAAAAUUGACGAACGUGAGCUAACGCGCCUAGAAAAGCAGAACUACUGGCUUCAGAUAUCAAGGGCAAAGCUUGCCAUGGAUCUCAUUUUCGUCUCGUGGGAUAUCUGUAGGAUCAAAGGGUGGAAAGACACUGUCCAGUCCUUCACUGGCCUUGCAGCCGCGGUCCUGAGCUGUGCAAAAUUGCACGACAAGUAUAGAACUGCGCUUGUCAACAAGGCCCUGACUAGUUGAACAUCAUGGCCCUAGCUAUUCGUGAUCUGAAUGAAGAAGAGGUGAUUGAAGCAUGUUAAUUUUCGCUUCUUUCCGUACGCAAAUGCAAGCGUUGGCAUGCUUCCAGCGUUCGACAGUUCCUCGUGUGCUUCAUCUAUGUUAUCAUGCAUCUUUUUGUUACCACCCAUCACCUCACAUCGCAUACAUUUUUUGAUUGUUUUAUAAUACCCUUUACUGAUAUAAUAAUGCUUGAU